CUAGUUCAGCUCCGCCCAGCUCCGCAUCCUCCUCCUCCUCCUUCUUCUUCCACUCACCUCGCUCCCAAGCGCCAAAAAGAAAAAAAAAAAGAAGAAAACUGUUUCUCUCCUUCUCCGGCAACCCUCCCCCUCCCCAUUUCCUUUCAAGCCGUUCUCGCAAAGCACCUGGACUUCCCAAAGAAAUGCAACAACGGAAGGGCGUCCAGCUCUCUGCUGCAGCUAGAAGACAGUCUAGCUGGUCAAUUUCCUGGGCUUUGGAAAUGAAGUUGUAAGAGAGAGAGAAAAAAAGGGGAAAGUUUCUGCUUUCCGCUUCACCUGCCUGCUGGCGAAGGAGAAGGAGAAGACUGGGGGAGCCAAGAUUUUCCGAGAGGAUGGAUUCGUCCCCUCUGCGCCCUUUCGUGGAGAACGGGCUAUGAAGACGGAUAAAGUGCUCUGGACCGGUACCUGGAAGAGAGAAAAAUCUUCCGCCAGGGAGAAUUUGGAGAAGAUUGGCAGAGAGGGCUAACCGCCGCCGCCUGCAACUUGGGACCAGAUGUUCUAGCAGCCAGGGAGAGGUCCCGGAGAUCUUGUGGCUGGAGGGACCCCUCCCCUGGCCAUGGGGACUGGGCUGUGCACCAGAAGACAGAAGGGUCUUCUGCAAACUGGCUUUUGCUUGGUGGCCCUCGCCUGCUUGGCCUCCGGAGCGUUUCUGUACAACCACCUCCAGCAGAAGGUGAAGGCGGCUGAGGCUUUGGCUUCGAAAUACAAGCAGCAACAAGAGGCGCUGUCUGCUCAGCUGCAAGUUGUUUAUGAACACAGAUCCCGACUGGAACGAUCCUUGCAGAAGGAGCGAGGGGAACAUAAGAAGACAAAAGAAGAUUUUUUAGUAUACAAACUAGAAGCUCAGGAAGCUCUGAACAAAGAAAAGCAAGAUUCCAUGAACAGAUACGGCGCUCUGAGCUCCCAGCAUAAGAUACUGAAGAACCAGCACGAAGAUGUGAAGAAGCAGCUUCUUGAUUUGCAGCUGCAACACAAUGGGUUGAAACUCGAGCAUCGGAAGGCGCUCGAGACCCACAGCCAGAAAUACUCCCAGCUGCAACGGGAGAAAGAAAUGGAAGUCGUGGCUUUGCAGGAUACGGUCUACAAGCUACGGGAAGAGAGCAAACUGCUUCGAAAAGCUCACCAGGAUGUUCAUUCACAACUUCUCAGUGCUCAGGCCCAAAUGGACGAGUUCAGGCAGCUCAAAGAGACGCUUCAAAAGAUGCCAAGUUUCAAGGAGGUGGGCGUGGCCAAGAGCCAGCAGCAACCAAUCCCGAAAGAACGGCCCCCCGGGGUCCCCCAGGGCCUGCUGCAGCUUGCCCGAGAGAAGGCCUCCACAGGCAAUGAAGAAAAACCAGCCCUGUCCCCACUGGAACAGGCUGCAGCUCCCAGAGAGAGCUCACUCGUCGCUCAGGCUCUAGCUACCCAGCACCAGGAAGCCGAGAACCUUCCCCGAGGCCAAGUUUCUCGAAACAACGAUAGACCUGGGCCUCAGGACAACGUGCCCCUUGGCCAACUGGCACCCCCUCACGAACCUCGUCUGCCUCAGGGGGUUUGGCCUCUGCCAGGGCAAAAGGACGGUCAUGUCAUCCGUUUCACGAGGAUGGUGAACAGCGUGCAGAGUGGGAGCCAGGAUCAAAAGGCACCGAAGAUUCCACAAGGGGAAACUGAGGAAAAGGCAGAUUCUCCAAUGCUGGCACGCGGCGAGAAAGCAGAAGUCUCGGUGAAAAAAACAGCCAUGGGAAAUGAGCAUGAGCAUGUGGUGCAGAGUUGGCAAGACAUCGUGAACAAAGUGAACGCCCAGAUGGACGAGGAACAAGCCCCCCGGCAAAGCCUUCGCCUGCCCGCCAGAGCCGAGCAAGCGUUCUCGAACCGCCAUCGAAUGCUAAGCGAUCAGCAGCAAGGGGCUGACCGGCAACAACCGCAAGCCGGCUGGGAGGCGGGGAAAGGAGGAGGAGACGAGGAGGAGCUUCAAAUGGAUGCUGGCAUGAUUGAAAGAGAAGAGAAUUCCCUUCCUCGGAAGGAAUUGGCGAUCCAGGAACCAAUGGUACCAGAUGCUGCUGCCGACCCUGCCCAGGACCCCAACAAUCAAGGAGAAGACGAGUUCGAAGAGGCGGAGCUGGAACGGCCUGACUUUGAAGAGAAAGCGGGCCAAGCCAGCCAACUUGGCCGUACUGAACAGCCAGCUAAAGAUGCCACAAAAGAGAAGAUCCCAAAGGAUGCCGCUGGACUGAGGAAAGCUGCAGAUGACGCGAUGGAUGAUUACCAAGAAGAUCAGGAACAGGAUCUGGAGGACCACGGAGGCGAGGUGGAAGACGCUGAAGACCUGGAGCCGGUCCGGGGAGCCAGAGGCCGUGGAGGAGGAGUCGACAGAAAAGAUGACUACUACUGAGGAUUCUGGCAGCCCAGAGGGGACCUGAGAAGAACCUGGAAGGAAGACCCGGCAUGAGGGCUGUGGCAGCGGAACUGGGCUCCUCACUUGAGCCUGCGAGCCCUGAAAGUCAAUGCUUCUAGAAGAUCACACGGACGAUGCAAACACAGACGUCUCUGCGUGUCCAGAGAGCGCGUCCAGGCUGGCGUAGGAGGCAGCUGUCUGAAUAUAAGACUCUUCCCUCCCCCUUCUCUCCUUCUCUGUGGUUUCUUGAGGGAGGGCUUCAAAAAAAAAUCAAGAUCCCUCUUUGGAUGAUUGCUCCCUCCUCCCUGUUUCAGAAUUAUUAUUUUUUUCCAGAUUUGAGACAUGGGGAGGAGGAGCCAACUUUGUGUGACUCCAUCACCCUCGGCCUGCUUGCAUUGGCCUAUUUCCUGUAGUCCCGGACUCACUCGGCUGCUCUUUAAUGCAAGGUCUGUCCAUCUUUAUAUAUAAAAACAAAUCUUUUGGUACCGA